UGCCAAAAACAAAAUCUCUCUACAUUUCUCUCUCUAGAACCCGACCCGACCCCGAUAAUGGGCUUUCCGGUGACUUACACGGAGGAGCUCUUCCCCAGCGUACUCCUCCUUCUGCUCACCGUCAACGACGUCCUGACUCACCUCGUCGUGUCCUGUUUCCGCCUCCUGUGGCUGCCGCCAUUUCUCCGCCGCGAAUCCACCCUGCCGGAGAUCCAAUUUCCUCCCAACCCUCCUCCGUCAGCCGUCAUCCUCCGCGAAUUUCUCCCGGUGGUGAAACUCUCGGAUCUUUCCGACCCGCCGGAGAAUUGCGUUGUUUGCUUCUACGAGUUCGAUGGCGCGGAGGAGAUCCGGUUGCUGAUGAACUGCAAACACAUAUUCCACCGGAGGUGUGUGGAGCGUUGGAUCAAUCAUAAUCACGACACGUGUCCACUCUGUAGAACGCCGUUUGUGCCUGAUGGAAUGGUUGAUGAACUCAAUCAACGGCUGUCGGCCGCCUGUGGAACCGCCGCUGAGCUGGCGGCGGAGGUCAACUCCGUUUCAGGGUAGCAAAAAUUCAUUACCAAUU